AAAAGGUAAAGUUUAUUCGUAAAUGCAACUUGGUAGUGUUUUUUUUUCUAGCAGUAAUUAUAUCAUGGUAGAUUUUUUCAUUGGUGGAGAUUUUGGGAUAGUAGAAUAUUUUUUUGGAGCGGGAAUUUCCUAGGUAGGGAUGAUGCGGCUGACUUCAAUUGGGUAGGGUUUUAUUUUUGGUAGGGUCGCUUAUGGCUAGGUCAUAUCCUGCCAGAAAUAUUCUAAAUACAAUUGUGACUCACAUUUUCAUUUUCACGAAUAUUUUCACUUUUCACAAUCCGUGGGCGCGAGUGAUACAUCUCUUCUACGCAUAUAUAUAUAAAAUUUCUGGUUUCGUUUUAUCCUGUACAAGUUAUUUUAUCCAAACAAUUAUUAUAAAAAUUCCAGGUUCAAUCAGUAAUUGGAACGGUUAUCGAAAGUUUUAAGGAUAACAAAAAAAAUUAAUUAAAAAAUAAUGGAAGACAUUGUAGACGAAUGUAGCUGCGCUAGUGAAAACUGUUACGGUAAAAUUAAAUACCCAGGCGUCUACAUAAAACAGGAAUGUCGCAUGUUUGAACAUUUUAUUGUUAAUAUUGGACUCAUGUUGGAAGAGCGAUCCAAACUUAAAUCUAAACCUCAAGAUGAUCCAGAAGUACAGUCUAAAUUGUCCCUUAACGGCAGUAUCGUCGCAGCUCAUAUCAACAUUACAUAUAGAUGUGAUGCACGUUUAAAAAAAUGUACUUGUGUCAAUCAGUUUGUCAAGAAUACGGAUUGGGGAAAAAAAUACAUGGAUUUCAAAGAAAAUUCUGAAAUUGCGAAUAAAAUAAUGAGUAUAGGUGUGGAAAAUAUGGACAAUAUAAAGAAAAAUCCUUCUUACUAUAUUGACACAUACUUACAGUAAUAAAUAAUUAUUAUAAUGAUCUACCUAAUACUAUCAUUCUACUUAAUUUUGUAUUGAUAAAAUCUUGUAAUGAUUAUUAAUUAAGUAACGAAGUAAGAGAGAAUUUAAUUAUAUUAUCUACGAUACUAAAUUUUUUGUUUUGACUAUUUGAAAUAGCAAAUUUAUUCGUAAAUGCAACUUGGUAGUGUUUUUUUUCUAGCAGUGAUUAUAUCAUGGUAGAUUUUUUCAUUGGUGGAGAUUUGGGGAUAGUCGAAUAUUUUUUUGGAGUAGGAAUUUUCUAGGUAGGUAGGAUGCGGCUGACUUCAAUUGGGUAGGGUUUUAUUUUUGGUAGGGUCGCUUAUGGCUAGGUCGUAUCCUGCCAGAAAUAUUCUAAAUACAAUCGUGACUCACAUUUUCAUUUUCACGAAUAUUUUCACUUUUCACAAUUCGUAGGCGCGAAUGAUCCAUCUCUUCUACGCAUAUAUAUAUAAAAUUUCUGGUUUCGUUUUAUCCUGUACACGUUAUUUUAUCCAAACAAUUGUAUGUAUAUAUUUACUUUAAAAUAUUAUUUUUUCCUGAGUAUGAUAAUAAUGUUACUUGACUAAAUGCUAUAAAAUAUUGAUUUAAGGUUAGAUUAUAAAAAUUCCACGUUCAAUCAGUAAUUGGAACGGUUAUCGAAAGUUUUAAGGAUAACGAAAAACAUGGAUUCAAAAACAACGGAAGACAUUGUAGACGAAUGUAGCUGCGCUAGUGAAAACUGUUACGGUAAAACUAAAUACCCAAACGCCUGGCUUGAAGACGAAUGUUACAGUUUUGAACAGUAUAUUUUAAAUAUUGAACUCAUAUUGAAAGAGCGAUCCAAACUUAAAUCUAAACCUCAAGAUGAUCCAGAAGUACAAUCUGAAUUGUCCCUUAACGGCAGUAUCGUCGCAGCUCAUAUCAACUUGACAUAUAAAUGUGAUGCACGUUUACAAAAAUGUCCUUAUGUCAAUCAGCUUGUCAAGAAUUCGGAUUAUGGAAAAAAAUUCAUGGAUUUAAAAGAAAAUUCUGAAAUGGCGAAAACAAUAAUACGUUUGGGUAAUGAAAACAUGGCCGAGAUAUCCAAAAAUCCUUGUUACUAUGUAGACACAUACUUACAGCAAUAAAUAAUUAUUAUAAUCAUCUACCUAACACUAUCGUUCUAAUUAAUUUUGUAUUG